AUGGCACCUCCUGUCUUCAAUGGUGAAAAUUUUCACAUGUGGGCAGUGAGGAUGGAAGCUUAUCUCGAAGCUUUAGAUCUUUGGGAGGCAAUCGAGGAAGACUAUGAAGUUCUUCCGCUACCCGGAAACCCAACAAUGGCUCAACUCAAAAAUCACAAGGACAAGAAAACCAGAAAAUCUAAGGCAAAGGCAUGUCUUUUUUCAGCAGUCUCUUCAACAAUUUUCACUCGCAUCAUGUCUCUAAAAUCAGCAAAAGCCAUCUGGGAUUAUCUCAAGGCAGAAUAUGAAGGAGAUGAUCGUAUCAAAGGUAUGCAAGUGCUGAAUCUCAUUAGAGACUUUGAGUUACAAAAGAUGAAAGAAUCGGAAACCAUCAAAGAAUACUCUGACAGGCUUAUGAGCAUAGCAAACAGAGUAAGAUUACUUGGUUCUGAGUUUAAAGACUCGCGUAUUGUUGAAAAGAUUCUGGUUACUGUACCUGAAAGAUUUGAAGCCACCAUUACCACUUUGGAGAACACCAAGGAUCUGUCAAAAAUCACUUUGGCGGAAUUAUUGAAUUCCUUGCAGGCUCAAGAACAAAGAAGGGUUAUGAGAGAAGAUGGAAUCAGAGAGGGAGCAUUGGCGGCCAAACAUGAAGAGAGUGGAAGAUACAAAAAGAAAAACAAUAAGAAGAACCAGCCAACAAAUGGAGAAGGAGCAGCUCGCUACAAUAACAAAAGAAAAACAGGCAGCUUUAAAGGAAACUAUCCUCCUUGUAAGCAUUGUGGAAAGAAUGGUCAUGCGCCGUAUAAGUGUUGGAAAAGGCCGGAUGCUAAAUGCAGUAAGUGCAACCAACUCGGGCAUGAAGCAAUUAUUUGCAAGAGUAAAUUACAGCAGCAAGACGCAGAUGCCCAGGUUGUUAAUGAACAGGAAGAGGAUCAACUCUUUGUGGCAUCGUGUUUUGUAAGCAAUGUUUCAACUGAGGCUUGGAUGAUUGAUAGCGGAUGCACAAACCAUAUGACUCAUGACAAAGAGAUCUUUAAACACUUGAAGCCUACUGGAGUUACAAAAGUCAGAAUAGGUCAUGGCGGUUAUAUUCCGGUAAAAGGAAUGGGAACUAUUACAAUUGAAACACAAUCAGGUACUAAAGCAAUUUUCGAUGUUCUUUAUAAAAAGGUUUCAAAUUGUACUUCGAAGAUAAACAUUGCUUGA